UUACACCCAAGCCUGGUUGUUCACAUCGCUUAUUAGAGGAAUAUCAUGUGCUUUUCUCACCGAACCCGCACAUGAGCUGCAUGAAACUCCUUACUGGACCCAGGAGGUACUGGUUCGCAUCCAGUAUUGUUAACUGGUGCACAUAUAUAGUAUCGCUAACGACACUUCGAAAGAAUACAAAGAGAGACAGAUAGAUACGCUCGUGUGCAAAUAUGAUUGAAAAUAAAGUUGAGAAAAAACAUAGUUAGAAGUUGCGUAAAGUUUUGUUUUUACUGGUUUUUACACCGACACUGGUUUUGUAGGAAUAAACAGAAAGUGCAGCUGAAUGUGUUUUUUUUUUCCACCUCGUUGCACUGCUCAUUUCCUGGAUUUGCUUUCAGUCUGAUUUCUAAAGGCGAAUAAAUGUGCGCCGAUACGCGGUACGAUCGCAGCCGAGCCGCCGUCCCGACUGCGGCGGAGGACUGAUGCGGUGAGGCGCCUCGCUGCCUCACAGCUCCGGGUGUCCAGAGACGGAGGAAAAGGCCAAAAGAUUAACACUUAACAAAAACAAAUUGUUGGAAAUAAACACUCAGGCGUCAUGGAUGGCUUGGGAAAUAGCCUCGACGACGUGUCGGCCGACAGCAGUGUGGAGUCCUCUGACCGCGUGUCCCUCAUGGAGGUGCGUCUGCAAGCGCAGGAGGACGAGAUCACGCUGCUGAAGUCGUCGCUGGCGGAUGCCCUGCGCAGGCUUCACGUGCACGAGCAGCAGAUCCCACUUCUGCGGCAGCACAUCAUCGCAGUAAACCCAUCUGCUGCACGGACCCUAAACCACUCCUUCUGCUUGGACGGCUUCUCCAGGACGCGGAAACUAUCCACCAACUCGGACAUCCCCCAGCACUCCUGCAGCAGCCAAGUGUCACAUGCCGGUAAGGACGAGGACGGCGAGGUCCCCAAGGUGCACCUCAACGCCUCUGGGUACGGACUGGGGUUGGUCACCCACGACAGGGCCACCCAAACGGACUGCACUCUGCCGACCAGUAAGGCGUCCCUGGCCCAGACCAGGGCGCUGCAGAGCCUGUCGCUGGAGGAUGCUCUGCUGGCAGACGCUAUGCUGGGGGAGGAGGCCCCAAAGGAGGUCCAGGGAGCAUGUGAGGGAGCCCGCGAUUGGAGAGCCGUGGUGGAGGAGCCCAUAAGACCAAGCUGCGUUGGUGCCUUCGUUCAGGACCCUGCCAGCCAGCAGGAGGCGAUCACAUCCAAGGACGACAGCCCGGAAGGCCAGGGCAAGGCCAGGAUGGACGCUGUUCAGCCACCUGCCUUGGUUGCCGCUGUAGGCUCCUGUCCACCCGGCUCGGCCAAGAAUGCAGCUUCCAGGAGCCAGCCCCUGUCCCCCGUCCAGGAGGGGGACAAACAUCCACCCUGCGUCCCGCCUGUGUCCACGCCCUGCUCAUCUGGCCCAGCCCACAUGGUUCGCAGGAACAGCUCAUCCGACAAGCUGCUCAGGGAGGCCCAGGACCGACCCAAGCAGAAGCUGGGCAAGAAGGCUGCGUCCUCCACCAACCUGCUGACCCGCUCCCCGAGUCUGGAGAACCGAGCGAAAGAUCUCAUUUCCAACUCAGGGUCUAGAAGAGGAACCUAUGGGCAGGGUCAUUCCAUAAAGAUGUUCAUUCGCGGGCGGCCCAUCACCAUGUACAUCCCCUCCAACAUCCAGAACUAUGAGGACCUCCGAAUGGAGCCCCCUGUGGAGAAGCUGGAGCUCGACUGGGUCUAUGGGUACCGGGGGCGGGACUGCAGAGAGAACCUCUACCUGCUGCCGACGGGGGAGGUGGUGUACUUCAUCGCCUGCGUGGUGGUACUCUACCACAUCCACAAGCAGACGCAGAGGCACUACAUCAAGCAUACCGACUGUGUGCGCUGCCUCGCCAUUCACCCUGACAAGGUGCGUGUGGCGUCUGGACAGAUGGCCGGAGUGGACAAGGAUGGAAAGCCCCUCGUCCACAUCUGGAGCUCCACCACGCUGGUCACCCUGCAGCACAUCGGCCUGGGCAGCUUUGAAAGAGGAGUGGGCUGUGUCGCCUUCUCCCACGGAGAUUCGGGAACCUUCCUGUGUGUAAUAGACGACUCCAACGAGCACACGCUGUCUGUGUGGGACUGCGCCAAGUGGACCAAGCAUGCGGAGAUGAAGACCACCAACGAGGCUGUGUUUGCGGCGGAGUUCAGCCCUAGUGACAGCAGCAGCAUCGUCACCUGCGGCAAAUCGCACGUCUAUUUCUGGACGCUGAGCGGCGGGACCCUGAGCAAGAAGCAGGGAAUCUUUGGGAAAUACAAGAAGCCAAAAUUCAUCCAGUGCUUUGUGUUCAGUGGGACGGGGGACGUCCUCACUGGGGACUCGGAGGGGAAUAUUCUGACAUGGGGAAAGUCUGCCGCAGACACCAAGACCCUGGGGAAAGGGGCAAAAGAAACAUAUCAGAUCAUGAGGCAGACGCGAGCUCACGAAGGCAGCGUCUUUACCCUCUGCGUCCUGCAGGGCGGCGGCAUUCUCAGCGGUGGGGGGAAAGACAGGAGGGUCAUCCGCUGGAGCGUGGACCUCGCGCCUGAGCGAGAGUGCGAGAUCCCAGAGAAAUUUGGGGCAGUGCGUACCAUCGCAGAUGUGGAUGGAGAGGAGCUGUUAGUGGGCACGACCCGGAAUGCUAUCCUGAGAGGCACGUUGUCGGACGGCUUCGUGGCCAUUGUACAGGGUCACGUGGACGAGCUUUGGGGACUGGCCACCCACCCAUCCAGCAACCAGUUCCUGACCUGCGGACACGACCGGCAGGUGUGUCUUUGGAAUGGGGAGGAGCAUACGCUGGACUGGUGUACCACGCUGGAGGAGUUGGGCCUGUGUGCUGAUUUCUGCCCCACUGGAGGCGUGGUCUCAGUGGGCCUCAACACGGGCAGGUGGGUGGUCCUGGACCUGCAGACCAGGGAACCGGUAUGGGAGUACACCGACGGCAACGAGCAGCUCUCCGUCAUGAGGUACUCGCCAGACGGAAGCUUCCUGGCUGUGGGUUCCCACGACAACUUCAUCUACAUCUACAGUGUCACGGACGGCGGCCGGCGCUACACUCGCUUCGGAAAAUGCACGGGUCACUCCAGCUUCAUCACUCACCUCGACUGGUCCAAAGACGGAAAAUACAUCAUGUCCAACUCGGGCGACUAUGAGAUACUCUAUUGGGAUGUGGCUGGCGGCUGCAAGCUGCUGAGGAACCGCUUCGAGAGCAAAGACCGCGAGUGGGCGUCCUACACCUGCGUGCUGGGCUUCCACGUCAUGGGCGUGUGGCUCGAGGGCUCGGACGGCACGGACAUCAAUGCCCUCUGCCGCUCACACAGCGAGAGGAUGGUGGCCGUGGCUGACGACUUCUGCAAGGUCCAUCUCUUCCAGUACCCCUGCCCCAAACCCAAGGCUCCCAGUCACAAGUACGAGGGCCACGGAAGUCAUGUGACCAACGUCUGUUUCACACAUAAUGACAGUCACCUGAUCUCCCUCGGGGGGAAGGAUACGUGUGUCCUGCAGUGGCGUAUCAUCCCGGGGGGGCAGAGCAACUCGCUGGACCGCAGCGCCUCAGCGUCCUCCACUUCCAUCAGUUCUCAGGAACCCGGCAUGUAAACAAGAGAGAGGAGAGGGCAGGGGGACCUUCUCUUCCUGUGUUUGUGCCUGUGUGUUUGUGUUUAUAUGUUGGGCCUCAGGAGGUGCUGACUGGACAAUAAAAAUGUAGUAAGCAGGUUAGACAAUGAGGAGUUCAUGGGGAGGAGUUCAUGGGGAGGAGUUCAUGGGGAGGAGUUCAUGGGCUCUGAAGCGUGGAUGACAGACAUGAAAAGGAAGACAGGAGGACAAGAGAAACAGGAAUACAGACAGCUACCAAGUGCCUUAACUAUCCAGAGUGGAAGGAGGGACCCUCUUUGCCAAAACUGGGAUUCAGCUCUCCGGAGAGACAUAAAGAAGGUUUUCUUGUUUCUUGGUAUAAAAAGCUGGAGGUGGUGUACGCUGACCCAGCGACCGGUCGGCGCUCACGUUUCCGAAUGGCUUUUAUUGUUCUUUCUCUUUUUCCUUACUACUCACGGUUCAUCCUGGACCGACCCUCAACCAUUUUCCAGUGACUGGCCUGACGGAUUGCGACGGACCUCCAUGGGCGGAGACUCUGAGCACUUUUCCAGUAGUCGACCAAACCAGUACAGACCAAAGUUUAGGACAGAAUUCGAAAGACAAAGAACAUUCAUUGAAUUUUGCUUUCACUUCUCUGCUCUUCCCUUGAUCUAAUCCAGUAUUGAUAUUAUCAUUACUAAACUGUGGCUUUGGAUCCUUCGUGCGGUCGUCGUUAAUGAAAACGCUCCGAAUGAGCUUCAUUAAUGGAAACUAUAAGAUGUUCUUCGCUGUUAAAUGUGAGUUUGCACCAUGUCUUACUUCCCUAACUGCAGAUGUGAUCCAAGGGUACAGCUUUGGUUUGGACAUUGGGGGGGUGAGGUGUCCAGCAUGUAUAGAGGGAGAUGUGAUUAAUGGGGGGGGGGGUUCUAUUAGCCGGUUUUGAUUAUUGGGGGGGCCAACUCCCCCCGUUUAUGUGGUGCUUAUUUGAGAAUGGUGUGUGCUCAGCCCCUCUCCUGAGAUCUUCUGAAGAAGGAUGAUUCCCUGCCUGUCUUUUCAGAUGCUUCAGCCUUCCUGUUCGGAGUGCAAAAUCAGCCACAAAGAAAGUGACAUUUUUACUUUCUUGGCUGACAAUAUACCAAAGUGACUUUUUCAGCAACUGCUUUUUGUUAGAUACUAACAUUUCUUUUCCACAGUCCUGUAUGAAAUGUGAGUCUUCGUUUCGUUUUAAUAAAAAGGCAAAUGUGAUGUUAUUUUUGGAAAAGCUUUUAUUAUGUGACACUUACCCUGAUGGGCAAAACUAUAUUAUACUGAAGAAUAAACAUCUUUAAAUGUC